GGAAAAGCUUUGGGCUUUGGAAGUGAGAGAGAGAGAGAGAGGUCUUUUUAAUAUUUUACAGUAGCAGUGGCGGUGGUUAAUCAUCAAGAGCUCUCUUUUUGAUGUAAGCGUGGGUAUAAAUGCAGGACCUUUGCUAAUGCUCUUUUCUCUUUCACUCUCUUUGAAACACCCACCUAUACAUAGUUUCAUUAUCUCUCUCUCUCUUUCUCUCUAUUAAACUCUGCUACUGUCCUCUAUUUCUGUGUCUACAUGAGUAAAAAAUCUCCCUUCUUUUGGCUGUGACAGUGUUUUGUGAAGCUGAAAAAAAAAAAAUAAAUAAGAGAAAGAUUAAAGGAAACGGGUGUGUUUGAACACACCAACCCAAAUUCAAUAAAAGUUCUUUUCUGUGAGUAAAAAGCUUGAAUGGAAGGGAGACUACCAAAAGUAGCACAGAAUCUGAAAUGGGUAUCUUUCUCUUGCUACUUUUAGUUGGGUCUCAAUCUCUUUCUCUCUCCUCUGUGUCUCAGAGCUGGGGUUUUCUGAUGCUUUCUGACUAGGGUUUUGAAUAGGGUACAACUGAGAGUGGUCAAUUUUGGAGGCUUUUAUUGGAUUUUGUGUAGAUAGCUGGGCUGAGUUAUUAAAUUCAGUUAUUAGAGUGGAAACUAGUGGCUGAGUUUGUUGGUCUUGUCAAGAAGUAAUGGAUAUGGGAGAGAAAGAUAAAUUUGAGUUGGAUAAUAAGAAUGAAGAUCAUAUGAGUUAUUCAUCUGGCAUGGCCUCAGACUGGCGGUUUGAUGGCUCUAAUCUUGCAAAUACAUCUAUGGGUUUGGUCCAGGCUGCAAAUUCUAUGGCAAUCGGCAAGGGUGAUCUAGUUGGUUCUUCUUCCUGCUCCUCUGCUCCAAUGGUGGACUCAUUUGUCUCACCACUUUGGGACCACACCACCACCAAUCCUCAGAACUUGGGUUUUUGUGAUAUGAAUAUUCAGAACAAUGCAAGCAACUUCAACUCAUUAGGCAUUAGGAAAGGUAGUAGUCCUGCCUCAAUGAGAAAUGGUGUUGAUAGAUCACAUGAUAUGUGUUGGAAUCCAUCGACUCCAAUUUCAAAAGGAGGUAUAUUCUUACCAAAUAUGCCUGGAAUGAUCCCACAGAGCUUGUCUCAGUUGCCAACCGAUUCUGCUUUCAUUGAGCGCGCAGCAAGGUUCUCGUGCUUCAAUGGCGGAAAUUUUAGUGAUAUGGUGAACCCUUUUGCAAUUCAAGACACUGUGAAUCUAUAUCCAAGGGGUGGAGGAGGAAUGGUGCAAGGUGGUCAAGAUGUUUUAGCCGGAAAUGGGUUGAAGCAAGUAAUGUCUGGUGUGCAUUCUCAAAAGGGUCAGCUCAAUAUGAGUGAAGUUUCAAAAGAUACUUCUUUAACAGCUGAACUGGGGUGCACCGAAGGGAGUCCGCUUACGAAUGAGAGAAAAAACGAUAGCCUUGCGAGAUCUCAUGAUGAAGCAAAACAAUGUGUUGGUGGGUCUGGAAAUGAUUCUGAUGAAGCUGAAUUUAGCAAUGGUGCUGGAGGUGGAGUAGAGGAACCCUCUAUUUUGGAGGGUACCAGAGGUGGUGAACCUUCUGCUAAGGGACUUGGCUCAAAGAAACGGAAAAGAAAUGGACAGGAUUCUGAUCCUGAUCAAGCCAAAGGAGCUUCUCAGCAGCAUGGUGAAUCCACAAUGGAUCAUAAUACUGAACAACAUCAGAAGGGAGAUCAGAACCCAAGUACAACCAACAACAAGGCAAGUGGAAAACACAGCAAACAACAACAGGGUUCUCAAGGUUCAGAUCCUCCAAAGGAAGAAUAUAUACAUGUUAGAGCUCGAAGAGGCCAAGCAACAAAUAGCCAUAGUCUUGCAGAGAGAGUAAGACGAGAAAAGAUCAGUGAAAGGAUGAAGUUUCUUCAGGACCUUGUACCUGGGUGCAGUAAGGUCACUGGAAAGGCAGUGAUGUUAGAUGAAAUCAUUAACUAUGUUCAAUCACUACAACGGCAGGUUGAGUUUUUGUCAAUGAAACUCGCAACAGUAAAUCCGCGACUAGAAUUUAACAUUGAAGGUCUCCUUGCAAAAGAUAUGCUUCAGUCCAGAGUUGGUACUUCUUCUUCCUUAGCAUUUUCUCCGGAUAUGCAUAUGCCUUAUCCUACAUUACAACCACCAUCACAAGGGCUUAUUCAGGCGAGCCUUGCUGGACUGGGAAGCACUUCUGAUGUAAUUCGGAGAGCAAUCAGUUCCCAAUUGACGCCUUUGUCUGGAGGAUUCAAAGAACCUACUCAGAUACCGAAUGUGUGGGAAGAUGAACUUAACAAUGUUGUCCAAAUGAGCUUUGGAACAAGAAGUUCUCCCAGCAGCCAAGAUGGAGAUGGGUCUAUGCCAACUGGCCAAAUGAAAGUUGAACUUUGAUUAUUCUCUUGGAAUAUUUUAUGCCACAUAGUCCUAUGGUCAGACCCCAUAUAUAUACACAGCUAAUUAAAUGAGAAGUCAAACAUCAAAAACAUGACAAUCCCUCUUUGAGAUGACAAGAAAAUAACCUGAAAAUAAUUCUACUUAAGCUGUACCUGAGAAGAUCCUAACUUCAGCUCCUUUCAUCAGGGAGUUUUCAUGAUCCAGGAAAGCUACAUUCCUCUUUGGAAGGGAAUGUUGUAUAGAUUGAUAUUUACAAAAAAUAUAAAAGGGAUGAAAUGUUAUGAAAGAUGAUAUGUGGGCUGCUUUUGUAUCUUAAGGCUUGGAGGGCCUAGUGUAGUUAACAAGAAAAUUGUAAUCCAAAUCAUGGUCUUCUUUUGUUCA